GUCAAGACAUGCCGCUGGCACGAGCAUUCACCCUCACCCCUCAUCCGCCACCCCUCAAUGAGCGCUGCGCAUACAUGUUUUCGCAGCGCCCUCUCACAGGCUUUCCGUCCGAACUCUCGUGGAAUCGCUGCUCCCUGUUCUGUCGCCGCCUUCCUCGUUCCCGCCCUCAGUAGACCCUCGAAACGCACCUUCACCUCUGGAAAACGCCGCCCCGCAGAUGCACAGUCACGUCUUCAGCCACCGACGGAAGAUAGAGGGGAUGUGAUCACCCGAGUAGUUCCUCUCAAGCCUAAAGAACGCAUUCGAUCACGCAUACAGUAUCCACUUCGAGAGGCUCGUGGCGAUAUCAAAGCAUGGCUCGAUGCCAUUGAGCCAUUCCUUCCGCGUCACCUGCGGCAAGCGACGUCCGACGAGCCAGAAAGGCCCACAACCUCGCUCGACUUCGCGUUGUUCAUCAACAAAGCCCAGGAUGCUUCAAUAGACAUCCUUAGCUACCUGGGGGUAGAGGCGGGGAAAUGGCAGACGGUACUAUGGAUAGUCAAGAAGCUCACAGAAGACGGGAAUUCUCCACUCGAUCUGAGCGCUCAUCUUGAGCAGUAUUCAUAUGCUAUAUUGCAGGGAGAAGAACACCGGUCUUUGAAAGAGCUGACUGAAGGUCCCUUGCGUCUUCAACGGACAUACCCAAACCGCAAGUUGCAACUUACACUGGACGUCGUAACAUCCGACCCCGAAUCGAUUCGCUAUUCGCAUGUCAUGGUCAAGCGAGCCCUGGGACAGCUGUGGAGGAGCCUGGCAAAUAUGAUAUUGGCGGCUGCGGAGCAGAGCAACGGCGAGCAACACACCAUUAUGCCGCACGUCUUGGAGAUGAUUGCCUAUCUGCAUCAUUUGGGCCUGAUGCCUGACUCAGUCUACACAUACCGAAAUCCACAGGAUAAGCAUGCUUUCCAGCAGCCUCCGACACUCCACAUGCUAUCGUCCAAGAUCUUGACAGCUCUGUCUGAUGCGACCUGGAAUGCUCACGAAGCUUCCGUCAAGACUGCCAAGGAUCGCGCCAACGCUCACUACUUCCUCGGCCACGAGAUACCUGGAUCGCGUUACAAGGUUCGGGUUACGGAAGUGGCUCCGGAGCUGUGGCUAGAGCUUGUUCUGUGGUCAUGUUUGCACGGUGGCUGGACACUUGACGGUGCUGCCAUCUUGGAGCAACUGGCAAACAGAGAGGGAGAACACGCCUGGGCACUCAUCAGUUGGCGGGAGAUCCUAGAAGCAGAGCAGAGUAAGGCCCCAGCUCCGACAACAGCUUGGAGCUUGCUUCCAAUGAACGGGGAAGCUGCUGCAAGCGCAGAAGACCGCGCACGAACCCGCAGAACUAUAAGCAGCGAGAUCGUUACAGGCUUCGUUGACGGGCUUGUCAAUCAAAUGCGACUAGGGGUAGGAGCUCGCGGUGCUACUCCAGAAAGUCUGAUUGCCUCUAUCAAGACUCUAAAAGGCUUCUUAGACAAGAACAACUUAAGUCUCGGUUCUUCAGCUUGGGACUCCGUCAUGGCCCGAUUAAUUGAAUCUGGCGGCUUCGCCCCCGAGAAGCGACCAGAGCUACUUUUGAGGGUUUUCGAGCUGGCUCCAGGAUUUGGUGGUGAGGUCGGCUCUGCAAAUGCGUCUGCCUCCGCUAGUACCGAAGUACCUUACUUUUUUGAGCCCACCACCAUACCACUCAGCUUCCUGCAUCGGGCGAUGCGUGCUUUCAUCAGCAAUGGAGACAUCCAGGGAGCAAUAACUACACUGUCUAUGCUUCAACAACACACUGAUGACAACAAACAAAAGUCUGUGGAAGAGUUCUUUCAAGUCCUUCGCAGCAGUCCGCAAUUACGACCUGAUGAACCUUUUACAAGCCAUUUGCCACCAGUCGAAUUUCCGGCUUUUGACAUCAAGCUCCCCCUUCCUCUCCUUGCGCGGCUGCUAGAUCUAGUCACCGAGUCAAAGCUGUAUGAUCUGGGCCGUUGGCUACUUUUCUCUGACGAUUUGGAUGGUCCUCUGAUCGGUAGUGAAUUACACAUUCAUCGUAACAUAUCCGCUUCUGUCGUUCGCUUCGGCACAAUGGCCGGAGAGAACAAACUCGUCUUAGACGUCGUCAAGAAGGCCGGUACAUGGAAUGAGAAAUACCAGCAGUACCGCAUGCCAGCCGAGAUUCUCACAGCCUUGCUGUGUUCACAGAUCAAACUCCGUCAAUGGGACUCUGUCCGAGGCAUGCAAAAGUAUGUGGAAGAGACCUCUACAUUUAGACCGCGACCCAUCAUCAUUUCGAGCUUUGCUGCAGAACUCCUUCGAACUUCGCCUGGCCCCGAAGAAGUCAAAGUACGCGCCCAGGAAACCUUCACUGGAUUGCUCUUCGCAUGGGAGAACAUGAUACUUGGCAAUAUACGCGAUGAGCUCUACUGCACCUUAUCCAUCAUGUCGACCGUAGACAGCGAGUGGAAAGCUUACUGCUCUCGCUUCCUCGCCUUUUCCUCCCGUCAGGCAGUCAGUCUCUCCACUGACGAUUUCAAUCGCAUACUAAGCGGCGUACUCGGUGGUUACGGCAGCGCUAAGGGCAAAGCGAUGGUAGAAACUUGGUGUCACACGUCAAGAAGAUAUCUAGAGUCAUAUCGAGCGCCGGGCGGAUUACUCACUAUGCCGCAAUAUCGCGUCACAAGGAGCAUUGAGUAUGAGGAUCGACCGGAAGAUAUUGAAGUUAGGCAGGAGUCUGGCGCCACGCUCACCUUGCAAGGACGCAUCGCUCCCAACCGACAGACGAUCUGGGCCGUCAUUCGGAAGGUGCAAGAUGAAGUGGAGAAUGAGACGAGAAGUGGCGAGGAGAUGGUUGAGGCCACGCGUAAAGAGAAGCGCGAUACGCUGAGGUGGGCUGCAGGGAUGCUUCAUCAAUUGGGUUACGAGUAUGAGGAUUACAUUGCUGCUCUAGGCGAUCUUGCAGUGCUUGCCAAGGUUGAGGGUCUUGCCGCGCCUAGAGAUGUCGACGUCGGGAAUGAGGAGGGUGCCGAGCGGCUCAACGUCUGAAGCCGGCUUCUCUAGCUUGCAUGCUGAGAUAAUGAGGAUAGCUUGGGCUGGAACCGACGCACUAGAAGCCCGUUUUUCGGCCACUUGCAUAUAGUCUACCAGAAUCUUGUACAUACCGAGUGUCUAGAAAAAGGCUAUCGUGGCAUCACGAGACUUUGGUAGAUACAUUUGCAAAGGAAAGGCAAGUCACAGCAGUCUGAGCUAGAGACGCUUAUCCUUGUUUGUACAUAUAC